AUGGCCAGUUGGUAUUCAUGUAGAACGAAUGAAAGUCUCGAAAGAGAAGAAUCAGACAUAUUAAAUCCUGAAGAAUUUCAACAUGUUCUAGAAUAUGAACCGCCAGUUUUAAACGAGACCAAAAUAUAUUGUCAACCUAGUUUGCCAUCAGCAGAUUCAACUUUUGUCAACAAUACAAAUUCUACUUCAACAGGACCACUUCCAGCUCGAGAAGAUUAUCCAGGACCAUUUGCCUUUUCAGUAUUAUUAGACGGUGUGGAAUCAACAAAAAAUAAAUGGACGUAUUCCACAAUGCUCAACAAACUUUACAUAGUUUGGGAUAAAAUCAUACCAAUUCAAUUUAAAUGGAUUCCAUCUGAACCGAAUUUUGUUGUGAGAGCUUUGCCCGUAUAUACGGAUGCUCAAGAUAUGAAAUUAGCCGUUAAAAGAUGUUUGAUACAUUUAAAUGCCAGCGAUCCUACGAACGAGGGGUUCGAACAUGUCAAACACGUCAUACGAUCCGAUAAUCCUGGCGUCUACUACGAAGAAAAUCAGGAAUCCGAAAGAUGCAGCGUUGUCGUUCCAUUGGGAGAACUUCAACCUGGAACAGGAACCGUAACGGUCACUUAUAAAUUUAUGUGUAAGACGACAUGCGUUACGGGAAUGAUGAGGAGGCCCAUCACUGUAUUGUUUACUUUAGAAAGACCGAAUGGGGAAGUAGUCGGGAGGCAAAAAUUAAACGUAAAAAUAUGUUCUUGUCCGAAAAGGGAUAUGCAAAAAGAUGAAAGUUCUGCGAAUGAAAAACAAGAGGAAGGUCGUAAACGUCCUUUGGCAUUGGCAUCAACGUCGAAAAGGAUGAAAACCGAAGACGAGGAAGAGGAAUUUCAUCUCGACAUGGUGAUUGAAAACAAAGACACGUACAAAUGCAUAUUGGAAAGCAUGCAUGCCGCCAUAUUGCGAAUCAUGAGAAUGACGCAAAAAACUCAUUCGAGUUAUUCCGAACUUACAAAAUUACUCAGGGAUGUCGAAACAAGACUUAGUCGUCUCAUCGAUUCAUAA